AUGUAUUACCAAAAGGCUGACGGCACUUUCCUCAGCGUGAAGAACGGUGGCAUCAUCAUCUACUACCUGGAACGUGGCCAAGGCAUUGUAACGCCUUUCCCUCCAGGCUUCAAGAUGAUAUCUGGCAACCCAGGUUUGCGCUCGUACAACAGGACUACUAUGACGUAUGGUACUGCUGACAACCCAGGACGACCUGUGGCCGAUGCGGUUUCGUUUGCGUGCAUUGACUAUACAAAACCUUACUCAGAAACAGCUGGUUUUCCGUCCGACAUGAACUGUCCACAAGGACUACGUGCACAGGUUCAUUUCCAGACGUGCUGGGAUGGGGUUAAUCUCUACAAGCCGGAUAAUUCACAUGUUGCGCAUCUCUCGCAGAUUGACAAUGGCAUAUGUCCUCCAACACACCCUGAGCUCCUGCCUCACCUGUUCUACGAGAUGUACUACAACCUUGAUAGCGUUGACACGUCUGAUGGCGGCCGUUUCCUGCUCGCCACUGGAGAUACAACAGGUUAUGGAUACCAUGGCGACUUCCUGAAUGGCUGGAACCCCGAUGUUCAAGCUCGAGCUGUGUCAAACUGCCUCGCUAGCUCGGGCUCUGGUCAGAUCGAAGACUGCCCGGAUCUUAAUGCUAGUAACGAUGUGGCAUCUGGAGCGAAUUGUCCCCUUCAACCACCUCUAGUGGAUGAAGAGAUAUCGGGAAGCUUAACAGCGUUGCCAGGCUGCAAUCCCCCUACUUCGGGACCAGAGCGGGUUAGACAGCAGAAUUGUCCCGGCAAGUUGAUACCGCAGACCAAUACUGAUGGACAGAAACAAACUCCUGUACCUGGUAAUACAACUGUAACUUUGUCGUCGGGAAGUAGAGCUACAUAUGCUGGUUGCUAUGUGGAUCAAGGCGACCGUGCUCUUCCAGAAUACGCUCAAGAGUGCUUUUGUGGUAAUACGAUUACAUCGGCAAAUUCUAGUCAAAGUGACUGCUCGAUGACAUGCAAAGGCAACCUUGCCACAUACUGUGGUGGACCAAACAGAUUGAGUGUGUGGAAAUUAGCACAAGCUGGAAGUAGCAGCAGCAGCAGCAGCAGCAGUAGUAGUAGCAGGAGCAGCACGACAUCAACUGUUUCUACUCAGAUCACAUCCUCCGUCACAUCAAAGACGAUAAAUACGACCUCAUUAGCUGCUGCAGCUACCGGACCCCAGGUACAGAACGCCAAUUACCUAGGCUGCUACACCGACUCAGUCGAUCGUCGUGCUCUAUCAGGUUACUACUCCAACAGCAACACUCAGACCCUCGACACGUGCCGUACAGCAGCCGAAAACAAUGGCUUCGAGUACUUCGGCGUCGAGUACUCUGGAGAGUGCUUCGCAGGCAACACUAUCUCGUCAUCAUCCUCUCCUACCUCCCAGAACUGCAACAUGCGCUGCCACGGCAACAGCUCUCAGAUUUGUGGCGGAUCGAACGCCAUUUCUAUGUUCGAAAGUCUUCGUUACGUUGAGGCCAUCAAUAAGGCGGAUGUCGCCGUCAAUAACGGAACAGCAAGCGGCUCAUUCGGCUAUGGAGGAUGUUACACCGACGCAGCUGGCCUCAAGCGUACAUUGACUACGUACUGGUUCUCUGAUGCGAACAUGACGGUUGAGAUGUGUCUAACCACUUGCUUCAGCAAAGGUCUCAGCGUGGCUGGUGUUGAGUAUGCCAACGAAUGCUAUUGCGAUACGGAGAUCAGGAAUGCUGCAAUCGUGGCGGCUGAUUCGGAAUGCUCAAUGAGAUGUGCUGGUGACAAAGCUGAGUGGUGUGGUGCUGGAGGACGAAUCAGUGUGUACAGGCAGAAGAUUGCAGGGCGAACGAGGUGA